CAGAGCUCAGUCUGAAAAGGACAGUAGCAGAAAGAUGUCUCAUGUUUUAAGUUCUCUUCUGUCAAUCCGUGAGAACGGGCUCAUCUUUAACCUGCUCGGCUCCAACUGCAGCGCAUCAGCUUGUGCUGUGGUGCAGUUGUACCUGGCUUCUACAGCUUGUAAAGAAAAAAGGUCCGAAUGGCAGAUUCACAGUUGUGGAGUUGUCUGUGUGGUGCAGGAUAAACAAUUACAUUCAACAUUUAUACGGCUCUAUUGUGUGAAGAGAGCCAAACUGCUCUGGGAACAGGAAGUGUAUUCACCGUUCACAUACUCAACACCCCGCCCCUUUUUCCACACCUUCCCCAGUGACGAAUGUUGGGCGGGGCUGAACUUUAGCGAUGAGGACGAGGCGAGCCGGUUCCACAAAGCUGUACAGAGCUGCAUCAGAAAUACAAAAGCUGGUCCUGCUUUUGUACGGACACACAGUCUGGAUUCAGCCUCCGGAUGGCUGCUGAGGAGCAAACUCACCACCUGUCUGUCUCAGGGCUGCUCUGUGUCCCCCAAAGCUCCAGCAUCUGUCCACUCAGAAAUGACCCAAAGUCUUUCUCUGGCAAAGAGGAAAGGACCCCUGCCACCCAUCCCUGAUACCAAACCCUCAGCCAGGUCUGUCUCUCCUCACCAUGAGCAUGUUACAGAGGGCCUGUCGAUUCCACUCCCUCUAACAUACCCAGCUCCCAAACCCAACAACAAUACAACAGGAGUGAAGAAAAGUGCCAGCUUUUCACCAGCGAGUAAACAACAACACAACAUCAACAACACAACACAAAACAACAACACAACAACAAAACACAAAACUACAAUAACAACACAACAACAACACAAAACAACAACAACAUCAACAACAACAUCUAUCACUCUAUCUAUUCACUUCAUCAAUGUGUGUUUGUUAUUUAUAUUUCUAACAGGGAGGAAAUUAUAGUUAUUCUGUCGAGAAGCAGUUUACUGAUGACAUGAGCUGAAGUUACAAUGAUGACGACACACUGCAUUUUUUACGCUGCUAAAAAAUUCAAAUCAAGCUCAAAAAUUAAAAAAAAUGUUUUUUGUUUUUUUUAUUUCAGAUCUCCAUUAUAUGUUCAUUCUUUUGUUGAAUUAAGAGUCUCUGUGGUAUCUGAGAUCACAUGUGAUUGAUGUCUGCUUUAACAAACCCUCAGGUUAAGACUUCAGCUUAAAGCAGCUCAAAGAUGUUCAUAAACCUGCAACAUGAAUAAAAAAAUGAAUAUAUACCCAUGAGUCAGAGAAUGACUUAGCACUGAAGCUGUACUUCACGUCUACUCAUGAAGUGAUCUUGUGUCUCGUGGGGAUUCAGAAGAGGACCAGGAGAGGUUUAAUAAUUAAUCAGGCAGAACAUCAAACAUCUGAAGGCGAUGGAAUUCACAUUGUGUCUGUUAGAUCUGUUCAAUUUGUCUUUAUAAUUUCAUGCCCAGCCAACAUGUCUAUGGCUUCAUAUGGCUUAGUGAUGUGAUGGCGUUUGGGCCCAUUAUUCUGUCCACAUGGGGCCCAUAAAUAUUUCUUCAUGGCCUGUUCAUGUGUAAGGCCAACUAUCCCCUAUCCCCACAUGAGCCAUUUAUUCAUGUUUAUUAUCCCUUAUGGAGGUGAAGAUGUGGUCAGCUUCAGGACCCUCAUGGUUAAGAUUCACACGAAAUCUGUGCCAAGGAUAUUGUGUGGUGAUUCAUUUAUUCACUGGAUUUUCCCAUAAAUUCAUUUGGAGCUCGAUCCAACUGGGUGGGGUUAACUCAAAAUGGGUGGGGUUACCUGGAAAUGGGUGGGGCUAGAUCCAAAUGUUUGGGUUUUUUUAUCUGUCAGUUUAAUUUCCCUACUCGAUUAUACUCAUCUUUUGUACUGUCAAUGGUUGAUGUCUUAUUUAUUGUUUUUUUUUUAUUCCAUUACAUGACAUUCACUUGUUAUGAACAACUUUUAUAUUGCAGACACACCACAUAAUCUUAACCUAAUAACAAACAUCUUUUUAAAGUUUACAUUAACAUCGUUUGGCAUUUUGUCACUGCU